UAGCGAUCGUUUUCACGAGGGCCCAUGUGACCAGUGUCUCGCGAGAGUUUUUCACACGAGGCUGCGGAAAGCAUUUGUGAGGCGUGUAUUUAGAUCCACAAAGAAUUGCGUGUCUGUUGACGAGCUGAGGCCCGACACUAAACAGCAGUGCAGCGGGAGAUUAAAGGCUGUCGAGUGGCGUUUGACUUCCUGCUGUGCGUGUCUUUGGCGUGCAGGUGGCACACCGGAGUGAGAGAGUCGAUUGAACUUCAGAAAAACACAGCCGAGAUGACUCACAGAGUGCAAAAAUGGCGAAAACUCAAAAGAAACCUAGAGCAACUUCUCAGACGUUCAGACAGUAGCGAUCAGGAUAGUGCUAGCGAGAAUCCAAGGCCUGCUAGUGUAUCUGGUGACGGCGACCGUGACAGUGUUAGUGCACCUGGGACACCAGACCGCGACAGUGUUAGUGCACCUGGGACACCAGACCGCGACAGUGUUAGUGCACCUGGGACACCAGACCGCGACAGUGUUAGUGCACCUGGGACACCAGACCGCAUCGACUUUGAGACUGAUUUUGACUGCACUGACUCUGAAUCGGAAUCAAUGAUUGCUGACCCUGAAGUGACGAGCAGCUUUGAGGAAGAACUAAGACAGUGGGCACUGGAACACAAAUUGACACACAGAGCAAUCAAUGGGUUAUUGCCAAUAUUAAGGAAGCAAGGCCACCUAUUGCCAUUGGAUUGCCGAACCCUCCUCGGUACACCACAGACUAGUUCGACAGAACCAAAAUGUGGAGGCCAGUAUAAGUAUUACGGACUGGAGAAGGGCAUCCGUAGUUGCCUGAGACAUCUGGAGGGGCAGGAUGUGCACCUCAGUGUAAACAUUGAUGGUAUACCACUAUUUAAAAGUAGUGGAGUGCAGUGCUGGCCGAUACUGGGGAAAUGUGGCAAAUUUGAUCCAUUCAUUAUUGCCAUUUUCAGUGGCACAAAGAAACCUAGCCCUCCUGAGGAGUAUCUCCGAGACUUCCUGACAGAGUAUGCUCACCUCAAACAAGAUGGUAUAACUUUUGAAGGCCACACUUACUCUGUCACCAUUGACUCUUUGAUCUGUGAUGCGCCAGCCAGGGCAUUUCUGAAAUGCAUCAAGGGUCACACUUCAUAUGAGAGCUGUGAAAGAUGCAUCACCAGGGGUAUCCGCGUUGAUGGAAGAAUAGUUUUCACUGGUGAUGAAAGCACUUCCCGUACAGAUGAUGGUUUCUCAAAAGGGGAAUAUUUUAAGAACCAUCAGCAAGGACGCAGCCCCUUCAUUACUGCCGGAGUGCCUUGCGUUACCUCUUUCGUCUUGGACUACAUGCACAUGGUCUGCUUGGGUGUGGUGAGACGGAUGUUGGUGUACUUGACACGGGGCCCGAAAAUCUGCCGGUUAUCAGCAAGACAAAAAGAAACAAUUUCUGAGAAACUGGUUGCUCUGAGGGGCAAGAUGCCCAGCGAUUUUGCCCGACAGCCCCGAGCUUUACACGAGCUUGACAGAUGGAAAGCAACUGAACUAAGGCAGUUUUUGCUCUACACUGGACCUGUCGUGCUGAAAAACGUGUUGUCCCUGGAACUGUACCAACAUUUCGUGUCUUUCACUGUGGCCAUGUCGAUACUGCUGGAGUCAGAUGACAGGAUCCGCCAGCGUUAUCUUCAGUAUGCCCAAGACCUGCUCAAGCACUUUGUCAGGACCAGUGCUCGGCUCUAUGGUGAAACAUUCCCAGUGUACAAUGUACAUGGAUUAACGCAUCUCCACGAAGAUGUCCGUCACUUCCACUGCUCCUUAAAUGAGGUGUCAUGUUUCCCCUUUGAAAAUUACCUCCAGAAAAUCAAGAAGCAUGUCAGGAGUGGAAAAAGUCCUCUGGAACAGCCAACCAUGCAGCUCUGGAUUGCUUGA